UGUAACCUUUUUGGGAUUUACCUACCUAAUUAGUAGGUAGUUGUGAUGAAACAACCCCUAAUUCUCCAUACUUACUGUGUGACCCCAGCAUAGAGCCUGGGGGCAGUAUCCAAUGAGAGAGAGAUGCCAUACAGGAGGCCAGUGAUGCGGGAGAGGGAAGUUCUUAUCUGAAUACACAGAAGACGUCACGCAUUCAGCGUGUGCAUUGCCUGACAAGCCUUUUGUGUGCCGCACAUCCUUGUUUCAACCAACCGUGCUGCAGACUGCGCAGACUUCUGUGAAGCCAUGUAUGAACAAGGGAAAGAGCUGACUGGACAAAGCCGUGAGCAUGAGCAGAUAAGCGGCUACUGUAGCCUUUGUACUACAGGCUGCACACCUACAGCUCAUGCGACACCCCCAUUCCCAUAGAUUUUAUAGAGAACCCACUCUUUCACUUUUGUAGGCGCUCCUAUCCCAAGUCUUGAUUUUGUAUUAAAUAGAAUUCCCUUUUGUGCCUCAGUGUAAACAACACCCUGUCUGUGGCUCCUCUUCCAUACGGCACAGUUCUGCCCCCAUAUACAGAUACAGUUCACCCACCUUAGAGGACGGCUGUUCUAAAGUGUAUAGUGUUGCCCACCAUUGCUGAGGCUUGCUUCAUACAGAACCCUAAUACUCCCACGUGCCUGUAACCCCUCCCAGAUCCCUUGUCUGACAGUAAUAACACACACGGCAGUUGCACAGGCCAGGACAGGCAGCAGGGAGUGGUUAGGAUCAUUGUUGCCUUUUGGAGGGUGUGGGAGAGAUUGUGUCACCGCGUGUGUGUGUGUGUGUGUGUGCCAGGGUCGGGCACAACUGCUGGGUGUGCACUGUAAUGUGGUCACACAGGAUUUUCUGAGGAGGGGACAGCAGAAACCAAAAUAGACAAGUCAGAGAGGAGGAGGGGGCAACAAUGAUGGAUAAUGAGUGAAAAAAGAAGAGCUACAGAUAACGAGACUUUAUCCAUGAAGCUGACGUCUCUUUCCCUUUGGAUCUGUGUCUAUCUUCAAAAACUCUCAGAAAUUUAUCAUUGUCUUGUAGGAGUUGAACUGACUUCUAUGCACCUGUGUAGUACGUGCUGCCUCUGUAUCUGAAACACCUGAAGGUGCAGCUGAGUCUUGGAGCCUUCCUUAUAAUUUCUCUAUCUUUCAGUCUGGACCUGUCCAUCAGAAGCUUCAUCUGAGCCUCGUUGCCUGAUCCUACCUUCCAGGUCCCGGAUCCUGGACUUCUACACCCUUAACCUUCCUUUCACAGCCUGGAUCUGUCUGUCGGAAUCUACAGCUGUGUGUCCGGGUUAGCCCUCAUAUUGCAGAACCCGCUUGUGUCUCGGAGCUUGCACCUGCUUUUAGUACAUGUCCCUAAAGUUCAGCUUUUGCAGGACUUGCCCCAGUGUCUCUGGAGAUGACUUCAUCGAUCGUGAUUAUUCAUCUGCCUACGGACCAGUAAAAACGUUAUCUCAUUUUUAGCACUCACCAUGUGCUUUUGAGGAGUUGGGGGCCCUGGGACUAAUAGCUCAGGCUUAGUACUCAGUUUCCAUUUCUCGGGACAGUGUGUCAUUUUAGUCAGAGCUCAAGGCCACUGUCCUUGCCAUUUUUGACAACACGCCCGUUCAUAGGAACUUGCUGUUUUUGCCUCGGGCUUUACAUCUGACUCUCAGGAUCAGACUCUGCCUUUGUAAUUUAUAUCUGUCAUGGAGAAACUGAAUCUGUGCCCCGAGGCCUAGAUCUGGCUGUUUGGACCAAGUGUUCAAUUACAUCAACAACUACAACUUAUCUACAGUGUCUCCAAUCAUUUUUCCAACUCUCUUCUCCCGUCACCUUCCAUUUUGUCUUGAUGUAAAGACUUGGUGUCUCUGCUCCUCCUGCGUAAAACACUGUCUCUCCUUGGAGACAGAAAGUCUGUCCGUGACAGUUGUCUUUGGGAACCUGUUUUACCUCUAGGGAUCUGCAACCGUCAGUUAUGGGAAACAGCAGUGCAAAGAAUGCUUCGGAUAGCGAAACAGACCCACCCACGGAUCCGAUAUCUACAGCCCUUUACAAGCCCCAUCUCUCACCAGUAACCUCUCCACAAUCACGUGACUCUUUCUAUACACCGCCAGUAAGCCCUGAAUAUAGACCCAGCCCAGUUGAGACUGGGGCCUAUGGUCUCAGGUUUGAUUAUUUCCACAAGGGCCUGAACUCCAUUCUAAAGCCACACAGUAACGAAAAGGGGUUGGACGUACCUUUCGAUCGAGCCAUAAAAAGGAUCCAACAGGCAUUGGAAACCCUGGGGCAAAUGCAAAGACAGUUAGGAGAACUUCUGAACCGCAAAACCAAUUCCGAGGUGCCCCGCAUACUGGAUUCUGCCCAUGGAUGGGAAGCUAGGAUAGGAGAUGUUCGAAGAGACUUGAGAUCAGGACUUAGAGAUCUUGCCAUUCUUAAGGAGCAGUAUAUGACAAUCAGUAAAGGUGAAGCUUCCCGAACGGAUAUUGGGAUGGGAAAUGUAACAGACAACCACAGAGACAAUCAGAUAGAAAGUGAGCGUCUGGAAUGGAAACGUGAAGAAGAGAGGCUGAAGGCUGAGCUGCAUGAGCGCAGUAAACUGCUGCAAGAAUUCUCCAACAAGCUGAGGGUUCUGGAAUCCAAGAAAGAAGAUGACAAUGGGGACAAAAAGAGGUUGCAAGAUCAACUUUCUCUGCUGGAGGAAGAAAAAGAAAAGAUGGGAAGAAAAAUCACAGAACUGCAGGGAACAGUAGAGGAACUGACGUUACUCCAAUCAGAUCUGAGGACAGCUGUAUCUGUAGCAGAACGAUUUCGAGAGGAAGCACAGCAGAAACUUGACAAAGCCGAGAAGGAGAACCAGAGACUGUGUAGUAAAGAAGCUGAUGAAGAGGAUUUUAAGGCACCCACUACUGUGAAUGGCUCUUCCCUUGGGUACAGGAGUCUUCCACGUGGCGUCACCUUGAAUUCCACAGGGGAGUCAGCUUUAAAGACAAGAAGUCAACCAUCCAAUGAGCAGGAAACAGACUCUGAUAUGUGGCACAAAGAGAAAAGAAGAGGCAGCAUGGAAACCCUACAGUACCAGCCCAAACCUAUUGAAAACCUGGCCAGUGAUUCUGUCUCUUUUUUACGCCGGUAUGGAGGAUCCAAGAGGGGAGUGUUUCUGCGUUGGGCUCAGGAGAGGACUUGCGGUUACAAGUACGUGGUGAUUACAAAUUUCAGCAGCUCCUGGGUGGAUGGGAUGGCCUUCUGCGCUCUGCUACAUUCCUACCUCCCCGACAGCAUUCCAUACUCAGAGCUCCGACCCUUGGAGAAGAGAAAGAACUUAGAGUUGGCCUUUGAGGUGGCAGAGGAUCAAGACAUCCCACCCCUCCUGACCCCUGAUCAAAUGCUCCAGCGCCAGGGUCCUGAUUGGCAGAAAGUACUUCUCUAUGUUGAAUUCAUUUACCAGAAAUUUGAAGCUUGAAUGGAUACAUCCAUGGAAUUGUGUGCUGUGAUUUGCUGAGCUCACCAGCAGAAGUGGCUGAGAUUGUACAACACCUACUGUAGGUUGGGAUUGAGUCCUAUAUCUACUGCGUUCUGAUAUCCUUGCCGUCUCUGAAGAAUACUUUAAUGCCAAUGACAGAGGUCCUCAUGAGCUCCCCUCUCUUGCGCUCCUCGUCUCUUGUACAGCCAUGUCUGGGAUUUAAAGUAAUGAAACUGUGAUUCUGCCAAUGUAUCUUGAAUAAAUUGAUGUCUCACCUUGAAGUUCAGCUCUGUUACUAUUUGUGAUACUGCCAUGGGAUUGGCUGGCCUCCUGAUCCUUCUAGUGAUCCUAACCAAUAAAGCUAAAGGCACCAAGUUUAGCCCUGCCCUUGACUUUUUGCUUGCCUUGGGGAGCUAUCAUGCCUUGCUGAUCAUAUAACCCUGCCUGUGAUACUACCAUGGGGCGUGCUGUGAUGCUAAUACUUCUUCUGGACCUUCACCUGUGAUGUUCUAAAGUCAGGGCUCAGCUUGGUAUCUGGUGGAUUUGCUGAGCUCUUGAGACCUUGUUUCUUUCUGUUGACUGCAGAAUUUGACUUGAAAGGUGUAGAAGGCCCUUUCCCUUCUUGAUUCUGAAACCAUGGGAUGUUCCCCAUUGGCUUGUUAGAUAUACACUGCUCAUCUGAACAUACAUCUCUGGAAUCAUGCCAUUAAUCCUUAUGGGCCCUUCUUUAUAUUCCAUCCUGAGGUCUACCAUUGGGAUUAAAUCAAGUCUAUUGGUCCUUCUACAUCCCACUUUUUUCCUGUUUUGUAACCUCAGACCCAAUCAUUAACUUUCUUAUUUUGGAUCCCAAUACUGCUAGUCAGUAAUUAACCUAGUCCCUGGGCCUCCCCUACAUAUCUUUUUAUUUGUGUCCACUGCGGAGGACAAUGUGAGCUGCGUAUGCGAUUACCCAACUGUAAUAAGAUUGUGAUUGGCUGAAACUCUGAAGUCUUCACACUGUCAGUUACAAGAUGUUACCCUCAGACAUGAUGACCAUGAACAUAACUUUUAUGC